AUGGCCCCCAUCGCAUCGCCUCAGCCCUCUGUAGCGAACCCCAUCCUGAAAACUACGGACGAGUCUCUGGAUGACGAAAUCGCUCAAGUUAGAGCCGAAAUUCAAACACUUACCCAACGUCGCACACUCCUCACAUCCUCCUUGCUCGCCUCGACGAAAGUCCAGUCUCGUUUUUCCAACCUUUCCCUCAGUAGUAACAAUGCCAACCUGCUCAACCAAGACCUGACCCCUCUCCUACAAUCCUCGAGGAAGCAUUCACAGUCCAACAUCCACCGCCUCGGCUUCGGCGUGACAUCCUUUCCCUUCCACGACCCUAGUCCGGAACUGCAGUCCAACAACCCCCUCUUGGGAAUCCGGAUCGACAUAUGUGAUCGCACCGGCCGAUUUGACAGUCCUUAUUACCUAUUCUGCAUGCGAGACCGAGAUGGAGAGCAGAGUCCGAACCUACGGAUCCAUCGUCAUACGAUACCCGCGCUAGUCCCGCUGCAGGUCUACGAGAAGCAAUACCUUCCACGCCAGCAUGACGAUGAAAUGGAAGACUCGAUGGUCGGCGACGAAGGGUUGGCAAAGAAACAGGAUCUCCAUAGCCUGGUAGAGCGGGUCCGUCAUGAUCUCGUCGCCUGGAGGCUGAGGCAGGAUGCAGUCGGCUUAGUGCGCGAGGAACUUGGUAUUCCUGAACCGAAAGUGCCAGUCGACCGUCCCGGUUCAACUUCCGAUGAGGAGAUGGUAACCGAAGACCUCGAGGAAGAGGAAGAAGAGGGCAGAAGAUUCGGCGUGCUCGACUUCGCAGCCAUGAACGUCGAUGCUCGUCAAGUGCGCAUUCUGUGGUCAGAUGGCCGGGUGGCCCGAGUAAGGAUUUCAGACCAAGGCAAGAUCGAAAAGGCCGUGGUGAUCGGGUUGGACAAUGACCGGAUGAGAGAUCUGGAAAGAAUAUUAACGGAUGCAAACCCCAUGGUUAUGGAGCUUGUGGAUCGCUUGGAAAAGAUAGAAAAGACCAUGUCAAAAAGACGGAGUCUGAGGGGUGCCGGGUAG